CUCCACUGUUUAGGUUAGUACCUAUAGACAUUCCCACCUCCCUUUUCCCCCGCCUCCAUCCACCUCCAAAGUCACCUACCGCAAGCAAAGGGCACGACUCCAAAAGGAUUUUAAAAAAAACAAGUGAGGCCAACCUGAAGGGCGGAACCCCCAAAUACUCUCUCUAUCGUCAAGGGCAGAGUUUGUGAGUCAUCAACAAAACAAACCCAAAAUAUUAAAAAAUAGCAACAAACGAUAGCCACCGUACAAAACCCUUUCCCUCCCUCCACUCGCAUAAUCUUCCUCAUCUGCAGAUUAUCGACAAUCCUCGCCCCAAGUCGAAAUCGGUGACACGCCAUUAUCAGCCAAUACCCACGCAUCCUCUGCUUUUCAAACUCUACCCACCUCAGACUAAUACCAUCUCGUACCCUCACCUCAACCUCAAUCUCAAUCUCAACAUGGAUGGAAAGCGACACCCCAGCUCGUUCCAGCAGCUCGAGAAGCUCGGUGAAGGUACCUAUGCCACCGUCUUCAAGGGCCGUAACAGACAGACUGGAGAGCUUGUAGCGCUCAAGGAAAUCCACCUCGACUCCGAAGAGGGAACACCCUCGACCGCCAUCCGAGAGAUUUCGUUGAUGAAGGAGCUCAAGCACGAGAAUAUUGUAGGACUGCACGAUGUUAUCCACACCGAGAACAAACUCAUGCUCGUCUUUGAGUACAUGGACGGCGAUCUGAAGAGGUACAUGGACACUCAUGGUGAUCGCGGCGCCCUCAAGCCUACCACCAUCAAGUCCUUCAUGUACCAGCUCCUCAAGGGCAUCGACUUCUGUCACCAAAACCGCGUCCUUCACCGCGAUCUCAAGCCCCAGAACUUACUCAUCAACAGCAAGGGCGUAUUGAAGCUCGGCGAUUUCGGCCUUGCCCGCGCCUUUGGUAUCCCCGUCAACACCUUCUCCAACGAGGUCGUCACCCUAUGGUACCGCGCCCCCGAUGUCCUUCUCGGCAGCCGAACAUACAACACCAGUAUCGACAUCUGGUCCGCGGGCUGCAUCAUGGCCGAGAUGUUUACCGGUCGACCUCUGUUCCCCGGAACCACAAACGAAGACCAGAUCGUCCGCAUUUUCCGCAUCAUGGGAACACCGACAGAGCGUACCUGGCCAGGCAUCACCCAGUUCCCCGAGUACAAGCCCACAUUCCAUAUGUACGCCACUCAAGAUCUUCGAAACAUCCUCCCGGCGAUUGACCCCAACGGUAUCGAUCUGCUGCAGCGAAUGCUGCAGCUUCGACCAGAGCUGAGGAUCAGUGCCCAUGAUGCCCUUCAGCACGUUUGGUUCAACGACCUUAUGAUGCACCCUCAGCAGCAGGCUCUCCAAGCGCAGGCUCGCGGAUACCCCCAGGCUGUUCCCACCCAAGGUUUCGAGGCGUAUUAGAACUUGCCCCAGCCGCCGGUGGCGAGAGACCGAAAUUUCUAGUUUUGUCUGCGUCAUGAUCACAGCGUUUUUGAAUCGAGCUGUCUCAGUAACAGCGCCUCACUGCAAACCAAAAGAAGAAAAUACCAUAAUAUUACGUGGCGACUAUUUCUCAGCACGAUGGAGUUAAAGGGGUCAGCAUGAAUUAGACAGGACAGGAGAGAUAUUGGAUCUUGUGACAGCAGCUUGUGUCGGUGUCUUGAUUCGUCAUUUAUUAUUAUUUUUUUCGUUUAUUCCUGUCGACAACCGAUGUUCAGUAUGAGUGAGUACCUUGAGUCUCAGGGGGUUGGGGAUUUGACCCUCCUAGUUUUAGUCUAUAAUUCUACGAGAGCGAGAUAUAUGACUUUAAUACUCAUGGGCGUUCCUUUGGUCCGUGUCUGUUGACAAGACUACCAUCGACUGGGCUCUUGAAUUUUGUGCGGAGAGGAUCUUUGGCCCACGUUUCUGCGAGAGCUGGUGCUUCGUCCUUUUCUGCAGGGAAGCCCGCGCUUUCUCUCAGUUUCUCGACCUCGUCUCUUACUCUCCUGGCCACCGAUAUUCUUAACUCAGUCGCCUCUGGGCUAUUCCGGAGUAGUUCUGGGUCGCCUUUCGCAACGAGCUUGCGCCAUGCUGCCCGUUGCAGACCGAAGAGCUGAUCAACGUCGGUCGGUUCGCCUAUCACUAUCUUGACCGUCUUUCCAACACGGGGUGCCCACCUAGGCCAUCCUCUAUCCUCGGCCAUGAUGUGCUGAGUACCAUGGACGAACAUGGGGAUGAACUCGGGAGCCGGGUCAGAUUCAAGGAUCAGGCGAGAUACACCCCAUUUGAAGUAGCGCAGCCCGCUUUCCGGGCUUUGGUGACAACAAGCCUCUGGAAAGACAUGAACCCAGGCAUUUCGAUAGGCUGAGUAGGCAGACGGUGCUGGAAAUUGAUCGACACCGUUGGUGGAGAAGAAGAGCGGUUGAGGAACCGGAGGAGGUCUUGUUGAAGCAGGAGUUGCAGAGAGGGGGGAGUCGGAGGCUGUAGACCAUGAAGCCGGUGAUGGGCCCGACAGCAGCUUGAUAGCUUGUGUCAUGGUUGGCUGAUAUAGACCACCAUAAGGAGAGUACCAUAAUCUGUGAGUGGGCAAAACCUGACCGAGACUGAAGAAUGUCGAAGUGGCUCUGUAAUUGAUUUGGGUUGUCAGUCAAUGCUCGCUCACACUCUCUCGUUUGAUAUCAGGUCUUGAAUACUCACUUAUUCUUAAAACAUAUGUCAUGUGCCCCAAGACCCCAUCUCAUGUUGACUGCAUCAAAGAAGUACCGCAUUGGUAGCAUGCCCCAAAUAAGAGG